GCAUUUCCAUACUUGCCCCUACCAGAUUGUAAAAUGACUUUUCUCUUUGGUACCCUGUCCCUUGCUUCUCGCCCAAACCGCCGAUGACUUCAUUUCUCACACCUUAUCGUUAACUGAUCGGAAUCGGCCUUUCUGACUAACCUUAUUUUACUAACCAGUUAAGAACUAACCUUAUUUUACUAACCAGUUAAGAAAAAGUAACGGAAGGACAUAUUGAAGGGGAAGAAGGGAUGAGGUCUUCGACGGAGAGAAUAAACAUAGCUGCGAGUGCGCAAAAACUUGAUGUUGAUAAUCGGAUCCCUCUCCGCUAUUAUUACCGGAUCGCCGAUAAUAUUCUCAAACAGGCUGAUAUAUUUCGAGCUGAGAAGAAUAUUAUAGAUCUAUAUAUCAUGCUUCUAAGAUUUUCAAGUUUGGUUUCUGAAACAAUACCUUGCCAUCGGGAUUAUGGAACGUCUCUAAAAUAUCAAAAGGUUUACUUGAAAAAGAGGCUAGUGAAUGCCUUGACUGAGCUAGAGGAUUUGAAGCCACAGGUGCAACAAAAGAUCAAUGAAUUAAACAGAAUAUAUACUUAUCAAAGUACUUCAUUAGAGCAGUCUGCUGUGAAAAACCAACAUUUGACAUACUAUGGUGUGACAAAGGCAGUCAGACCAGCUGCACGAGAACUUGGUUAUUAUGGUUUAAGAACUCCGCAACUUUCAUAUUCCAACCCAAUGGAAGAGCAGUUUCGGAGAAUGUCAUUAAACCUGUUGCGUCCGAAGGAGGAAACCCUCUCCAAACAUUCUUUUUUGGGUCCAAAUGGGCUUUAUGGGCAGUGGCAGCCACCUAGGAGUGAUAAAGGGGUCAAAUAUCCAAGCAAUGUUGACCUGACUCCAGUUGAAUUCCCAAGUUUGCAGCGGCCUAUAGAAAAUGAACUUCCAGGGAAGAAUGAUCAUAGCAACUCGGAGCCUGAAGCAUCUAGCAUGGAAUCAAUUCUCAGUGUUGAUAAUUAUGUGAAUAGUGAGAAAAGUCACGCAGAUGAACCUUGUCCGAUGAUUUCUUUUGAAGAAUCAGAAACUGCUCCUGUUCAUAAUAAUGUUACCAGACAGCUAUCACCUCCUCCUGUACUUGCAGAAGUACAAGAUUUGGUUCAUGCUACCCAGGCCUCCAAGACAGAUUGUACAGUAGAGAAUCCCUCUGUAGAUGGUCUUGUUCAUUCUGAAUCUCCUCUAGAGUUGCACAUUGCAACCACAAUGAUGGAAAGCUUCAUGAAGCUGGCUAAAUCAAAUACUGAUAGGAAUUUAGAAACUUGUGGUGUUCUUGCAGGUUCCCUUAAAAAUAGAAAGUUCUAUGUUACAGCUCUUAUUAUCCCGAAGCAGGAAUCAACAUCUAACUCGUGCCAGACAACAAAUGAGGAGGAAAUAUUUGAAGUGCAGGAUAAGAAAUCUCUCUUCCCCCUGGGUUGGAUUCAUACGCAUCCUACUCAGUCAUGUUUCAUGUCAUCAAUUGAUCUUCAUACACACUACUCAUACCAGAUUAUGUUGCCAGAAGCUGUGGCGAUAGUAAUGGCGCCAACAGAUAGUUCAAGAAAACGUGGGAUUUUUCGUUUGACGACUCCUGGUGGCAUGUCAGUCAUCAGACAGUGCCAGCAACGUGGCUUUCAUCCACACAAUCCACCUCCUGAUGGGGGCUCCGUCUAUAAUACCUGUACAGAUGUGUAUAUGAAUCCGAGUGUGAAGUUUGAUGUCAUAGAUCUUCGAUGAUCACUAUAUGAAAAUAGCAGCUGGGCGGACAUGUUUUGGUAAUGCAGUAGGUUGAUUUACCAAGUGUAAAACCUACCUGCUUGUAUAGUACAUAUACAUAGAAGACAAGGAAGUGUAUAAUAAUAUCAUAUUUGCAUGGUCAGGGUAGGAAAUACUGAAUUGGAAAAAGAAAACAACGAAGAGGCCACUGGAUUUUAUUCUUUCUAUGUAUUAACCAAGAAAGGUUCUAAUUCGUUCGAAGUUGAAUUGCAGAGUUGUAAUGGCAGUCCACAUUUUGAUUCUUGCAUCAGAA